AUGAAGUACACUACCAUCACCGCUCUUCUCUCCCUCACCAGCGGAGUCUUUGCCGACCUGCACAACGUUGCAGUGUGCGUCACUGGCAGAAAGUACUCGUCCAUCGGCGGUACUCCCUUCAGCGUCAGCUACACCUGGGCAAAGGAGUUUGAGAUGCUCCCAGAUGCCACCAAGUGUGCCUGCGAGGCCUACAGGAACCGCAACACUGGUGAUAACCAGUGGGAUCAGUGCCCUGACUGCACUUUUGAUGGCACAUACUGCAACUCUGCUGGCUGGCACAUUGGUGGUGAUGAGAUCACGUACUACUGCGAAGAGAUCUGCCAUGCACAGGGCGCUGAGGCCAACCCCAGCUGA